UCUCUCUCUGCAGUCCCGGCGGCGGUUGGCGAGGUGACGGUCAGCAACAACGGCCGCAUGGACUUCCUGAGCGUGUCGUGGCGCCCGGGGCCGGGCGAGGUGGACGGCUACCUGGUGUCGCUGCGGGACCGGACAGGGCGGUCCCACACGCUGGCCGUGUCCAAGUCCAGCCAGUGCGUCUUCAACUCCCUGGUGUCCGGACGCCUCUACAUCUCCAUCACCGCCCGCUGCGGGGCCUACGAGAACCACACCGUGGUGCAGGAGCGCACGCAGCCGUCGGGCGCAGGACCCACCGCCUCCCACGACGCGCGGGACGACCACCUGAAGGUGUACUGGCGCCACGCGGCCGGAGUCGACUCCUACCAGGUGGUCAUCAAGCACAACCUCUUCCACCAGAACCAGACGGUGUCAAGACGCGCAACGAGUGUGUGUUCACGGGCCGGUGCCCGCAGGCUGUACUCUGUGCUGGUCAUCACCUGGAGCGGAGCCUACGCGACCGGCGUCCCUACGCACGGGCGCACCUUCCCCGCUGCGGUGCGGUCGCUGACCCUGGCCGGGCGCGGCACCGACGACCUGCGGGUGGCGUGGGCGGCGGCGCCCGGCGACGUGGACCACUACGAGGUGCAGCUGCUGUUCAACGACCUGAAGGUGUUCCCGCCCGUCACGCUGGGCAGCGGCGCCGGGGAGUGCGUGCUGUCCUCCCUCACGCCGGGGCGCAUGUACAAGGUCCUGGUGUCCACGUUCAGCGGGCCCAACCAGAGGGCCCAGUUCAUCGAGGGACGCACAGUGCCCAGCAAGGUGAAGAGCAUCCACAUCAGCAACAGCGGCGAGAGCAGCAGCCUGCGGGUGAGCUGGACGGCGGGCCAGGGGGAGGUGGACAGCUACGUGGUGUCCCUCCACAGGGAGGGCCGCCGGCUGGACGCCCGGCCCGUGCCCAAGCACCACAACGAGCUGCGCUUCGACUCGCUGCAGCCGGGCCAGCUGUACGACGUCACGGUGCAGUCCAUCAGCGGGGAGCUGGUCAACAACAGCACCGCCAGCGCACGCACCGUGCCCUCCAUCGUGUCGGGGCUCCAGGUGGACACCCAGGAGACCAUCAGCAGCCUGCAGGUCACCUGGCAACAGGCGCUGGGCGUUGCCGACGGUUACAGCCUGGAGGUCCUGGAUGGGAGGGGAGAGCUGGUGACCAACUCCUCGGAGCCGUACGGACGCGGCCAGCAUCGCUUCGACCGGCUCACCCCCGGCAGGAAGUACCGGGUGGUGGUCCGUACCACCAGCGGGGGGGUCAGCAGCCAGGGGGUCAGCGGCGAGGGCCGCACACGUCCAGCCGCGGUCUCCGAGCUGUCCAUUCAGUCCAACACCACAAGUAGCCUGUCGUUCCAGUGGUCUCCACCAGAGGGCGACUUUGAGACCUAUGACAUCUUCCUGUUCAACGGGGAUGACCGGCUGCAGGAGCAGCUCAAGGGACAGUCUGCCAUCCAGCAGUGCUCCUUCAAGGGCCUGGUGCCUGGAGCGCCUUACAAGAUGGUGGUGUUGACACGGAGUGGGGAGCUGACCAACGACUCAGCCAUCUGGGCCAGGACUGUCCCGGGGGCCGUGCUGUCCCUGCAGACCCACAGCACCAACCGCUCCGAGGAGCUCAGGGUGAGCUGGUCGCGGCCCCCGGGCGAGCUCAGCCGCUACCUGCUGUCCCUCUACGCCCCCGACGGAGCCCGGCAGGCCCAGCGGCCGCUGGGGGCCGGGGUCACCGAGCACGUCUUCCAGGGGCUGGUGCCGGGACGGCGGUACCAGGUGGUCGCGCUCACCUGUAGCGGGGAGCUGGUCAACAGCGCCAGCACCGCGGGCCGAACCGCCCCGCGACCCCCGACCUCCCUGUUCCUCGGCGUCACCAACACCUCGGUGGAGGUCACGUGGAGCGGGCCCGUGGACUCGGACUACGACGACUAUGACCUGCAGUGGGUCCCCAAGGUGCAGCUGUCCGUGGUCAACCCCUACCUCGCCCGCACCUCUGGCAGCCGGCUCCUGCAGGGCUUCUACCCCGGGAGGCUCUACACCCUCAGCCUGCGCACGGUUAGCGGGGCCACCGAGGCCGGCGCCCGGCCCGCCUACAGCGCCACCGUCUACAAGAGCAUCCGCACCAAGCCCGGCCGGGUCCACGGCCUGCACUGCCGCCCCCAGAGCUCCACCUCCAUCUCCUGCUCCUGGGGCGCGCCCCGGGCCGAGUACGACUCCUACACCGUGGAGUGCCUCCACCAGGGCUCCCGCACCCUGGUGUACUCGCGCCGCACCGGCCGCGACUCCACCGUCUACCUCAUCAGCCAGCUGGAGCCCCACAAGCGCUACACCGUGUCCGUCAAGGUCAUCUCGGACACCAUGGUGAGCGAGGCGGCGCGGGACAGCGUGGUGACCAUGAUCGACCGCCCUCCCGUGCCCCCUCCCAGCGUCCGAGUGAGCGACCGGGUGGCGGUGGUCUCCAAGUCCUCCAUCGUCUUCAGCUUCAACUGCAGCUGGUUCAGCGACAUCAACGGAGCCGUGCGCAACUUCACCGUGGUGGUGACCGAGUCUGAGGACAGCGAGAUGCUCCAGCCCGACCAGCAGCACCCCCUCCCCUCCUACCUGGAGUACAAAACCAACAGCUCGGUCAAGUCCUACCAGACGGCCUACUUCCCCAGCAACUGUGCCGAGGGCCCGGACGUGGCCCCCCAGAGCUUCGACAUCAGCCUGGGAACGGGCAUGGACACACUGGGAGGGGACUGCGACGCCACGGACGGAGAGCCGGUAGACCCCGACCUGGAGGGGGAGACCGGGCCCUUCUGCGACGGACCCCUCAAACCUCAAACCGCCUACAGGCUGAGCGUGCGGGCCUACACCCAGCUGCUGGACGACCACCAGAAUGCCGGCGCCUCGCCGCUCUUCACCGACACCUACCUGUCACUGCCCGUCGUCACCGAGGCCGAGCCUGGGAGCGGGGUGAUGGAGGGCAUCAGCGCCGGCCUGUUCCUCAUCUCCAUGAUGAUCGGCGUGACCGCUCUGCUCGUCUGCAGACAGAAGGCCCGCAAAGUGAGUGUGGAAGAGACACCAGUCGUCAGGAUGAGCAUGAGGAGAGAGAGAUCACCCAGCUCUGGAGUGUACAUGGGAGUCCGAGGGAACCGCCGCAUUUCAAGCCCCAUCAAGAUCAUGAACUUUGACGGCCACUUCUCCAAACUGCAGGCUGACUCCAACUACUUUCUGUCCGAGGAGUUUGAGGAUCUGAAGGAGGUGGGUCGGAACCAGCCACUGGAUACUGCUCUGCUCCCGGAGAACCGCGGGAAGAACCGAUACAACAACAUUCUCCCCUAUGACUCAACGCGGGUGAAGCUGGCCUGUGUAGACGAUGACCCCUGCUCCGAUUACAUCAACGCCAGCUAUAUUCCUGGAAACAACUUCCGCAGGGAGUACAUCGCCACGCAGGGCCCUCUUCCGGGGACUAAGGACGACUUCUGGAAGAUGGUCUGGGAGCAGAACGUCCAUAACGUCGUCAUGGUCACACAGUGUGUGGAGAAAGGCAGGGUCAAGUGUGAUCACUACUGGCCCUUCGACCACGAGCCCCUGUACUACGGGGACCUGAUAGUCCAGAUGCUGUCCGAGUCCGUCCUGCCCGAGUGGACCAUACGGGAGUUCAAGAUCUGCAGUGAGGACCAGCUGACCUACUCCAGGCUGGUGCGUCAGUUCCACUACACCGUGUGGCCCGACCACGGCGUGCCCGAGACCACCCAGUCCCUGAUCCAGUUCGUCCGCACGGUCCGGGACUACAUCAACAGGAGCCCUGGGUCCGGGCCCACCGCGGCCCACUGCAGCGCCGGCGUGGGGCGCACCGGAACCUUCAUCGUCCUGGACCGCGUUCUGCAGCAGCUCGACACCAAGGACGCGCUGGACAUCUACGGCGCCGUGUUCGACCUGCGCCUGCACCGAUCCCACAUGGUCCAGACCGAGUGCCAGUACGCCUACCUCCACCAGUGCGUGCGUGACGUGCUGAGGGCCAGGAAGCUUCGCAGGGAACAAGAGAACCUCCUGUACCCCAUCUAUGAGAAUGUCCACCAUGACACUCAAAGAGAUAUGGUGUUCACCAGGCGUUAAAGAUUGUAUUGGUGAUGGAGCAAGAAAAAAGAGAUUGACUGUACAGUUAUAUUUGUAGCACUACUGUAAUACAUCACAAUUAUAUUUUUUUAUUCAAUAUUUUAUGUGUUUAUGACAAAAUAUCAUAGAGGAAAGUAUAUGACCAUUAACUUAUAGCAACAAUAUAACUUUAAACUGAAUUGUGUAUACAUUAUGUUGGUGUUUGUAUAUAUUUUGCAAUAUUUCGACAAUCUUCGGAUUUUAUGAUAGUAAUAAGCUAAAAAUAAAUUUGCACAUAAUGACUACAGCACAAAACCAAAGUAUGAACAUUUGAUUUUCGGAGAACGGCUGUUGGCUCAACUAGAGUCUUGUACUGUAAAGGUUUUCUGUGUCACUAGCCACUCACAGAGAGUGAUUCAUCAUGAGUAAAAGUGAAGUCAGCAGAUUAUUUUCCCCCAACAGCAUUUAAAUCACGGUGCCUUUAACUAAUGACUUGGUUGCUCAAGUCACUUUGUGAAGCCAAGUUAAAAAAGUUUUUAAAAUACUGUCCAAAAUGUACUGUUUAAUUUAUGUAUCGAUUGAUGUGAAUCUAACUUUUCUUAAUCUAAUCUAUCUAGUAUGCUGUAUCUUUCCUACUGCACAUUUUACAUUAACUCAAAUGUAUAAGGUGCAAUUUGUAGCAUACAUAAAAUGUAUUCCAUUUUUUACAUUCACAAAAUUAAGAAGGUUAUGGUCCAUUGCCUGAUAUAUUACACUAAAUCAGGAUUAUGCAUUUUUUUUUAAAGACUCAUGCUUUUCCCCCUCAGUUAUUUAAAUAAGAAAGUGUUCAAUGUAUGGAGAGGAAAUAUUUUUAAGCAAUCAAAAUAAUUGAUAAAUCGAAAACUAUUUUAAAUCAGAUUUAAGCAUAUUCCACACUCAAUGGUAUAUUCUUGCUCAAACACGAAUUGUAACAUGACAUGUAACAGUCACUGUCAAGGAAUGCUGAAAGGAACUCACUAUAUUUGCGGCCGAUGCCCAAGAAUGCCAGCUUGGAUAUAGUUACUACUUUUCACAUAUAAUGAUCGUAUGUAUAUGGCAUAUCGUGACGCAUAUUCUGUGGGUGUUUAAAUAAAACGAGUAAUUAUGUUUUUAA